CACGCGCGGUGCCGCCUCGAGCCGGCCGUGAGGUGGCGCACGCGCCGCCAGGCGGGGCCGGCUGGCAGUGGAGGCCGUCCGGCUGCGCGAUGCAUCUUGGGCGUGACUGAGGAAGUAAAAUGGCGGACCUAGCGAACGAAGAAAAACCUGCCAUUGCUCCACCUGUCUUUGUAUUUCAGAAGGAUAAAGCACAGAAGAGAUCAGCAGAUGGAUCAAGUCCAGAAGAUGGAGAUGAAUCUGAUCGAGAGGAUGGGAACUACUGUCCGCCUGUAAAGCGUGAGAGAACUUCAUCAUUAACUCAGUUCCCUCCUUCUCAGUCAGUAACAAAGAACAAUGUCUUUAUGCCAUCAAGCUUCUGUGAACCUUCUACAGGCAAUUCUGACUCAGAACAAGAGGAAAAGAGCAGUGGAUUCCGGCUGAAGCCACCAAUACUUAUUCAUGGUCAAGCACCUAGUGCAGGUCUCCCAAGCCAGAAACCGAAGGAACAGCAGCGAAGUGUGCUACGUCCUGCAGUAUUACAGGCACCACAGCCAAAAGCUUUCUCACAGAUGGUUCUGAGCAGUGGGACCAAUGGCGUAAAUAUCCCACCAGAUUCUGCAGCCACAUCAGAAUCACUAAGUAAUGCAACAUUGAAAAGUUCUGACUCUGAAGACAAGGCGGGAGAAUGUCAGAAAAAAGAGCCCAACAACAGUUCAGAUGAUGACAGCUGCGAGAAGGCAGAGUUAAAUGCACAGCAAGCAUUUGUAUUUGGGCAAAACUUAAGAGAUAGAGUUAAGUUAGGAGAUGAAAGCGAUGAAACUGCCGAUGUGCAGAAUGCUGGCAUUCCGACAUCAGACACGCCUUCUGCAACAAAUUAUUUCCUACAGUACAUCAGUUCCAGUAUAGAGAACUCUACAAACAGUGCAGAUGCAUCUAGCAACAAGUUUGUUUUUGGACAGAACAUGAGUGAGCGUGUCCUAAGUCCACCAAAAUCAAAUGAAGGUAGCACAGAGAGUAAUAAGGAGAAUGCUGCUACAGAGUCUGGGUCCGAAUCAUCUUCUCAGGAAGCCACACCAGAGAAAGCGAAUAAUAUUUCAGAGUCACUGGCAGAGUCUGCAGCAGCCUAUACUAAAGCAACAGCAAGGAAGUGUUUAUUAGCGAAGGUAGAAGUGAUUACUGGGGAGGAAGCCGAAAGUAAUGUUUUACAGAUUCAGUGCAAGCUGUUUGUAUUUGAUAAAAACUCUCAAUCUUGGGUAGAAAGAGGUCGAGGACUUCUUAGACUCAAUGAUAUGGCUUCAGCGGACGAUGGAACAUUACAGUCUCGGCUGGUGAUGAGGACUCAGGGGAGUCUCAGGUUAAUCUUAAAUACCAAGCUCUGGGCUCAGAUGCAGAUCGAUAAAGCCAGUGAGAAGAGUAUCCGGAUCACUGCCAUGGAUACAGAGGACCAGGGAGUUAAAGUUUUUCUUAUAUCAGCAAGCUCUAAAGAUACAGGGCAGUUGUAUGCUGCAUUACACCACCGGAUCUUGGCUUUGCGGAGUAGAGUGGAACAAGAACAAGAAGUCAAGAGUGUAGCACCUGAGCCAGAAGUAACACAAUCAAACGAGGAAGACAGUGAUGAUGAUGUCCUUGCACCUUCAGGAUCAGUUGGAAGUGGUCCUAAUGACGAAGGUGACGGGCAGAAUGUUGGCAGCACAUAGCAGAUGUGAGCCGAUCUGCUUGCAAGGCUGCUAUGAACACCAUCUUGCAGGCAUCUCUCUGGAUACCCCAGGCCAGCUAUUGUUUCAGGCAGUGUUGAAGGCUCCAGGACUUAAGAACUGUGCAUCCCUGUUCUGUUUGUUUGGUUUUUUGGUCUGGAUCAGUAGAUUCCAUACAAAAAAAAAAAAAGCAGACUUGGAAACUACCUGAAUGUGGUUUGGGACGUGAAAGCUCAUCAUAUUGAUGAGCCAAAAAAAAAAAAAAACAACCAAACAUUUCCCCUCUUCCUUGUAAUUAAAAUGGCACAUUACAGCUUGUCACAGCUUUUCAUUGGGACCUUUUGACUGUUUCUUCAGUAGUUCAUGUCUUGCAGGCCUCCGAGAUAGAACUUUCCAACACGGUUCCAACAUGAAUUCUGCUUUGGUAACCCCCUACUCCCCCUUAUGAGUUUCUGCCACCUGCAGGGAAACUGGGUCCUCACCAGUUCCUACGCUCACUGACUGCCCUUUUGGGUUCAUUCUCUUUUUGGACUGCAGAUGGGGCAGCUUGCAUUUUUACCUUUUAAUCCCAACGUAGGUUGUGGACACCGUUGUUCCCUGUCUAGUGGGUUUGUAAACAGAAAGAAACAAAACAUUGUGAUUCACCAGAGAAGCUUUUUUAAUGCGUUAAUAAGAGACUUUAAAGUCCACAGGACAUUUUGCUAACUCCUUUUCUUUCUUCCCAUUUCAUUAUUAUUAUUUGGGGAUUUAUAUUGUGGUGAUACUUUUUUAUUUUAGUUUUUCAAUAAGAUGCUCUUGUGUGUUGAAAAAGUGAAACUAUUGUUUUGUACUGUUCUUUUCUGUUACUAUUUAAGGGAGAGCUAAGCCACUAUAUAUAAUAGAUGUUGCAUACAAUUUUUAUUAGAAAAUUAUAUGUUUCUGUGGCUACAGUAAAGUGUAGGGAGGCAUACAGGUUACACCUUCAGAAAAGUUGAUGAGGAAGCAGCUGUUAGCCCUUGGAAGAAUAAAAUAGGCUCAUGUAAUGAGCUUGGUCAGCCAUUAAAAUAAAUCUGUAUAAUAAAGCAGCUCUCAUUUAAUGGCUUGAUUCAACAAGCCAUUUAAGCACUUGCCUGACUUAACUACAUGUGAAUAAUCUUACUGAAGUCAAUGCAACUAUUCAUGCUUAAAGUUGAGUACAUUUUUAAAUAUCUUGCUGAAUUAACGGCCUUAAAUAGAAAAUUAACUUUUAACCCUUCCUGUCCUUAUUCUGUUUCCUGAAGUCUUGCAGCAUGAAGAAAAAAGGUAAUAUUGCCAGCUUUGAAUAGUUUGGGCUGAAGGAUAUUGUAUUCUGUUCCACCAAAAUAAAAGCAAGAAUGUGUUUUCCUGUGUGUAAUUCUGAAGUACUCCUGCUGUAACCGUAACUCACUUUUUUACUUUGGACGUUUUCUGAUCAUUUGGGCCUUUUGUGUGAAAGUUGAGUUUUAUUUUGUUAUUAAAACAUCUGGUGUUAUGGAGCA